UUACUGUAACCCUCGCUGCGCAUGUGCACCGAGGGUUGUGCGCUGUGCUUGCGCAUGCGCGUUUUCUGUGACUGACAAACAAGGGCGUGUCAUCUUCUUGUUUUGGGGAUCCCAAACACGAGAGUGCAGGUAUAUACACGGCGUACACAGCGAGCUAAGAGUGGUUUGGGAAUUGUGUGGCCAAGCCAUAAGCAUCACAGUGGAACACAAAAGUAGAUAUGCAGAAAGAUGUUAUUCAACGAAGUGCCCUGGGACCAAGUAUGAUCACACCUCCAAUGGGUCUGAAGAGGAAGACGGGCAAAAAAGAGAAAAAAAAUAAAGUGAUGGUAUCUGCACCAUUCAAUGUGAAGUAUGUUGACAUGUUGGAAGCACCAGACCAACUCCAAGAUCAGAUCAAGUUCCCAGUAGAGCACAUUGCAACAAUGGCUAUGGAGCAGCAAGAGAUUGAUCCUUCAAUUGCCACUCUGGAUCAUGUAAAAGGCCUACUGCAACAGAAGACUAAAGAGGUUCUACUCUGUAUCACAAACAGUGCACUUAUCGUGAAAGACUGUGUUACAAAGGAAGCAAUGCUGCAGAUUCCACUGACCAAAAUCAUUACAUGUCACCACCUUAACAAGAGGGGGAGUCAGUCAAACGUUCUUAAAAUAGAUGCCCAUGACCAAACUGGACAUCAUACCCACUUCUUUCAAUGUUCAAGAACCCCGGCAGAGAUAAUUUGUAAGGAAAUUAACCUGGCGAAGAUAAAUUGUUCUACUGGCAAUGAAGGAAAGAGGAAGGAAUGGUUAACGCGACAGCAACAUUUAAAAGCCCUCCAAGGCAACUGGAUUCUUCAGUCCCAUUCUAAUCACCCUCCUCCACCUUCUGUUACUCCUCCUUCUCUUCCAGCAGGUGGAGGUUGUUCAAUCUCUGCCCCAUAUCCACCUCAUGAUCAUCCUACCAUUUUGCAAGGUGAAUUGUUUAGAGUUUUUUUAUUUUUUAUGAAUCAUCCUAGAAGACCUAAAAAAUUAAAAGCACUAAAGUGCAAACCCUCGACGCACUCGCUCACUAGGGAAGGGUUCGAUGUAAGCGAAGUUGAGGAAGACCACCUUCUGUGAAAGGCUGAAGACGAGCUCAAGGUUCUCAGUAGAAUUAUAGCCUAUGUGAAAGAGGAUAUGUUACAGAAAAUAUCUCGCAUAUGCGCGAACAGAUUGCAUACGAAACGCGCGCACGCGAAGUACACACAUGUGUGGAACUCCUAAUUGGUCGAUGGGCCGGGCUGACCCUUUGUCUCGAGCUCCUACCAGGUCGCAAAGAUUCGCUGGCUACAGUAUCACUACUAAAUAACGUGCGAGUCGAUACACGCCCCCUAUUGCAACUUAUGGUGCCUCCAAGGUACGCAAAGCAAGCGUUGUGGUUGAGGUAAGCCCGUGCUAAUUUGGCUCGUUUACUAGGUUUUCAUGCCAUAACUCUUGAACGCAGCAGUUUCAGAGAAACCCUACAUAUUUUUCGGCUAUUUUUCCUGAUGCUGAAUAUGUGGUAUUGUUUGUGGAGCAAUUCAUGGCUCGUGAAGUGAGAUGUUGGGUAACAGACAGAUAGACACACACAGCAACUACAGUACAAUAAGUUCAAAAAGUUCAUUACUGCAUGACCAGCACGGACGGUAUAGCAGACAAAAUAAUAUGCACAAAAAGAAUAAUAUGACUGGGCCUGUGGAAUUUUUAUGAUGACAAUGAAAAGGUAGCUCUGAGUGAGGCUGCCAGUGUGAAGGUCUCUUCGCUGGGGCCAGUGAGUGAUUCCCGCAGUUGAUCAGCAGAGCAGCAGAAGUGGAUGUUGCCAAUGUGAUGCGCUGGAGAUUGACUUGAAUCCGGUAUGUGGCCACAAAUGUGACAGGAAUAGUUCUCAUAUUUUGGAGUCGUGAGGAUGAGGAGAGUAGCCUCCAGUGCUCUGGUUCCAGGGAGACCAUUGUCUCUAGCAUCAUCCCAGAGCUUCAGCCAGUUGAUGUCUGGUGUGAGUGCAGCAAGGCUUUCCCGUGAUGACCCUUGCUCCCAAAUGUACUUAGCGAUCUUCCUCUUCCAACUCACUGACUUUAAAGUCAACACUGUCUCCUCCCUGUGAGAGGCGUGAAGUGAGUUCCGUGCAGUUUUUCCAGGAACUUGCACUGCUGAAUGAUCAAGGGCCUGAGUGUUCUUCCUGCAUAGCCUCAUUGUUGGCCACUUCAAUGCGACCAGGGGAAUGAGGUUUGAGUGGUGCUUUGGGAUGUUUAGUAUCUUCUUCCCAUGGUCACCUUGGAAUUUCUCCAAUGUGGCAAGUGUAGACUCUCUGAGUAGCCAACUUUCUGAGCUAUACAGGCAGACAGGAUGGACACAGACGGAGUAUAGUUGACGUGAUGUCAAUGGGUUUUGUUUUCCAUAGGCAAUGCCGUUGGCUUGCUGUUCAAAAACGGCUCGUCUAGCCUUCGCAAGGUUAUUUGAGAUGUUCACUGUUGGCGAGAGGUCAUGUGACCAUGCAACCCGAAGGCAGAUGGCAUUGCUGGAGGAGGAGAUUGUCGUAUUCCCGACGUCCAAGGAUGCAACUCCAGGUGUGAUAGAAGAGUGUUGCAGGAACUCCAAUUUUCCAUGUUUAGUUGAAGGCCACAGAUGCCUGCUGCUCGAGGAGAGCAAUAUUUGCAGUUAUGCUUCUAAGAUCGUCUGCAUGCCCCUGAGAUCCGACGUAGAUACCAUUGAUGCAUGCUCCUGUCCUGGACGACUUCAAAUCCACGAGGAGGGAGUCAAUAACUAACAGAAAUAGGAGCGGGGAUAAGACAGACCCCUGUUUGACUCCGCGGUUCAUUUGAAAUUUUGCUGAGUGAGUUGACUCAACUCGAACACAGGCUUCCACUUGAUCGUGAAAUGCACUGAUCACUCGCCAGGCUUUCCUGUUAAUUCCUGCUUUGUAGAGGAGUACGUUGUGCUCUAUAGAGUCAAACGCUUUUCUCAACGUCGUAAAAGCAUUGAAAUAUCUUCAAACCACU